AUGGUGCUGCCGUCGCGCUCGCAGGCUCAUGAUUCGUCAUCCUCGUCUCCUGCCUUCGCCGCUCUAUCAUCGCUUGCGUCUCCGUUCGGAUUCCUGCUCGGAAGCGUCGCCGGAACUGAGGAAAGCCGUGCCGUCCAGAAUGAAGCCGCGAGUCGUUCACGGCAAGCGAGUCACAGCGGCCCAGCACGCCGACCAGCACGUGAACGGGGGGUAGCAAACGCCCAGUCUGCAGCUGCCUCCUCGUCGUGGCCUUGCUCGUCUUCGCCUUCGCCCUUCUCCCUGCCUAGGCCGGUUUCGGCGGGGCUUGCGGAGAUGCAAGAGCGAUUUGCAGAGGACGCAGGACGAGUCACUCCAGACGCGGCGCCUGUCUCUUCUCCCUGCCCAGCCGCAGACGCAGGGAGUGCGUCGAGUCUCUCCCGCACCCGUGUCUUACGGCUCGACGACGAGAGGUUGCCCUCUGGCCUGCGGGCGUCCUCUUCCCUUCCCGGCGCCUUCGAGUUAUCGCAUGCGCCCUGCGGUCCGAGCUCCCUGGGCUCGACGCGGGCGUCGCCUUCGGCUUCUCGCGCUUCGCCUUUUCUUUCGUCAGAAGAUGAGGCUGGCGGCAGCGCGCCGGCGGAGGGACAACUGCUGGGUCGUCUUCGUCCAGCGGGCGCGCUGUCGGUGCGGGAGCGUGCGUUGGAGCCGGCGAAGAUGACUCCGCCGACUUUCCGACUCGCAGACAGUCUGCCUUUUCCCCUGUCCCCGUACGCCUCUGCUGUGCGCCUCCUUUCCUCGCGGGCGUCUCUGAGGCAUCCUCCGACCCGAGCCGAGACUGGAGACCGGGGGCGCUUCGCCCGGGGGCAGGAGGCCCGCGCGGCCAAUUCGCGCCGCUCCAUGAAGGGCCUGCCGGCGCCGGUCGAGAAGGCUCUCGACGGAGUCUGGUCUCUCGAGGAUCAGCUUGUUCAGGAGAUCUGCAGGCGGGCGGCGGAGGCGGCCCGCGUGUGGAGCGUCGUGUCUCCGUGCGUGGGCUGCGUGUGUCUGUAUCUCGUCGUCUCACCUCUGCUCACAUUCUGCAACAAGCUUCUGUACCAGCCGUCGAUUGCGGCGUCGCCCAUCACCUGUACAGUGUUUCAGCAGAUUCUCAUCGUCGCCGCGUUCCUGACGGCGCGGUGGAUGUACCGCCGCGUCCUCAGCAGCCGCGCCCAGACGCAGAGCAGGUUGGCCUCGAAGGCGGCAACGCCAGACGCGUCUCCGCGCAGUUUGCGCCUUGCGGCAUGCGCGCGUACCGCGCUGCCGGGGUCCCCUCAGUCCGGCAGAGAAGAGGGAGGCGCCGCGAGCUACGGAGAAACCCGUCACGAAGCGCAGGAGAAAAGCAGGCAGGAAUGGCCUCCGGUGGAGCCUUGCGGGGAACCGGCGGGUUGGAAUGGAAAACUGGAUGAACGAGACGAGCGAGGCGCCCACCCGGAAAUUACUCGAACGUAUCCCGACAGCGAAAAACGGCAGUCAGGCGCGGGGGAGCGGAGGCGCGGGGGGGCUGGCGAUCUGGGGCAGAGGGAAACGCCGACGUCUGGUCGUUCGCUUUCUCGCUCGCCUUGGCGGGUGCUGCCGGGUUUGCGUCGAUCUGCUGUCUCGGCGCACCUGCACGCGAGAAGAGAGCAGCUUCUGAGCUACCUCUCUGGAGUCCCCGCAUUUUCGCAGGAAGUGUUGGAGAUGUGCGGGCCCGUCGUCCUUCCCUACGCGCUUAUGCUGACGUGCUCCAACCUGUGUCUGUACACCUCAGCGCUGUCCGGAUACCACGUCGCGCGGUGUUCGUCCAUUCCUGUGCAGCUUUUCCUGGAGCUUCUGGGCGUGGAUCUCUAUCUCGAAGUUGUUGCACAACGGCAGUCUGCCGCAGGCGAACGCGCGUCGCCCAGCCUCCGCAGAGGCGGGCGCCCAUCUCAGGCAGGCGGCACCGCCGCCCGCGAGGUGGCGAUGGAGCGGGAGGAAAUGGCGCGCGGAACUGACGCAGCGAGUGAGGCGGCAGGCCCGCAUCUCUCGGCUGCGGAAGAGGCUCGCCGGUGCGCAGUUCUGCGGAGUCCGGCGAGGGGUCCUGGCGACGAGAUCCCAACAGAGACCUCUCAGGGCGCGUCGGGGGGCGAGCGAGCCCUUCCGCCCGCGUGUGCGCCUGUCUCACGCGAACUGGUAGGUGGCGGUGAGGCCGCCCGCCAUCCAGUUGAAGGCGCAUUCACAGCGGCAAAGACAGGAGGGGGCUCCCCUCCCUUGGAGAAGGGAUUCAGCGGUAUCUGCGUGCGGCCGUCUGCUGUGAAGGCGUUCGGUUGCUCCCUGCUUCUGGGUUUCCGUCCCUUCCUUUCGUGGGCGUCGCUGCAGCACGUGUCCUCGCUUCAGCGGAUUCAGACGCGCUUGCAGGCCCUUGGGGUCUCACGGCAGCGGCUCGCUGCGUGCCUGUGCGUCUCGGUCGGUGUCUUUUGGCUGGCAAUUGACAGCCAGAAACUGUCGCUGGAUGGCGCGUUAACGGGCUUCGGCGCUUCGUUUUUCGGCGCGCUUUACAUGCAGCUGAGCAGCCACGUCCUCGAGGCGCAACGGGCGCGGGCAAAACAGCGCUGCAGUGAAGACACACGCGAAGAUGACGCCUGUCUCCAAAGUGGGCUCAACGCAAGAGGAGGACUCUGCGGAGAUGCGUCGCCGCAGAGGAGCGCAUGCCGCCAGGGUUCGAACGAUUGGCCUGCUGGGGGGCGAGACCCACCGCGGUCGGAUGGCGAGGGAGAAUCACAGGAGACACGGAGACGAUCCGCCGGAGACGGCGAAAUACUGCGCUGCCUCGAGAAGACGGCUGAGCCCAGAGGCCCCGCGUCUUCCAGCAACGGACGAACCGAGGCGCUGCCUGUUCAGCCUUCAAGGAGUGGGAACGAUUCUAGUGAGGAGGCAUCUCGACGAGAGAGCAACCUGGAGGCGGACAUGGCGUUGCAUGUCGCUGCGGCGGCCGCUGUUCUGUUGAUUCCUCUGGUGGUUUUUGAGCAUGCUGCCUUCUCACCGCAGGCGUCUUCCAGCGAUUUUCCCUCUCAGGCCUCCUUUUGGAUGAUGCGCUGGACGUGGACGCGGCCGGUCAUGUGCGCCGGGCUCCUGCUGGCCUCCGGACUUCUUGCCGCCCUGCUCCCCGUGACAUCUUAUUUCUGUUUCCGCCACCUUUCUCCGCUCUCCUGCUGUAUUGUCGGGUUCUUCAAAAGCUCGAUUCAGAUUCUCUGCUCCCCGCUCCUCAUCGGGGAAGGCUCGCCUUCCCUCUCCGCCAGGCUUUCCGCCGGACUGUGUCUCCUCGGGUGUGCCGUCUAUGCGUUUGAUUCAUACUGCUCGGCGUUUAGAGCGCAGGGGCUGAGAGAAGAACAUGCAGAGAUGCAGGGGCACGACGAAACGCACAGAGGGGAAAAAGCGGGCGUCCGGCUUCCUGGGAAGUGA